UGUUUAUAUCCUUAUCAGAUACUGGAUUCCUGCCCAAACUCUGUUGACUUGGACCAUAGCCAGAAGAAAGAGGAUAUCCGUCCAAAAGAGGAUACAUAUCCCAUCUGUUUAACUUAUAUUAGAUCCAACUCCUGAAGAUGACUGCUGCACUUCUUAUCUUGCUCUUCAUACACUUGGUUAUGACUUCAGCCUUAUUGCAACCAAUGAAUGACACUGCAGACAUGUGGACUAAUGAGCUCUGUAUAGACAAGGGAAUUUAUUUUGAACGCUCCUUUGUUCUGGAACGAGAAGGAGUUUUGUUGCAUUGCCCUAUGAACCUCUAUAUAGAAUGGAAUGAAUCCAUAAAUGUAAAAUACAACUACAGUUUCAUGUGGUACAACAACAAAACUGCUGAAAUUAUCAAAACAGAAGAGAAACAGAGAAUACAUAUGAAAAAUGAAUUUCUCUGGUUUCUACCAGUAUUACUUGAAGACACUAGUAUCUAUUACUGCGUUUUGAGGAAUUCAACAUAUUGUAUCAAAGUAGCUGUUUCAUUAACAGUUACUAAAUCUGCCGACACAUCAUGCUUCCGGGAUACUAAAGCAUAUGGUGUGACUUCACACUUUGGUAAUUCUAAACAGAUGAGAUGCCCUGAUUUGGAGUACUAUGAAAAUCCAGAGGAAGUGCUGGAAAUAAAGUGGUACAAGGUUUGUAACCCUAUACUGGAUAGAUCCAAAUACAUUAAAGAUCACUUUGACCUUAUAAUAAUAAAUGUGACGAAAUCUGAUGCAGGAAUCUAUGUCUGUGAAUUGCAUUUUCUACAUAAUGGUGCAAAGUACGUGAAAGCAAAGACCAUUAACAUGGAGGUUAAAGGCUGUUCAAGUGCUUUACGCCCAAAAAUUGUACAACCAAGCAAUAAUACAAUUGAACUACAGCCUGGCUCGAAUCUGAACCUAUCUUGCAUAGCCUUCACUGGGCAUUGUGAUCCUCCUGUGACAAUCGUAUAUUGGGCUGUAAAUAACACAUAUAUUGAAAAUUAUUUUAAUUACUCGAUUCAAUUUGGAAAUGGUAAGCACCAAGAUGAAAUACAAGGCAACUAUUUUGAAGCAUAUGUCUUUUUUCCUGAGUUUAAAGAGGAAUAUUACGAUCUGUUACUUGUGUGCUACGCCAUGAAUGGUUUGGGGACUGAAAUCGCAAAUGUUCGAAUUAUAAAAUCACCUCCCAGUUUCCAAAAGGAAAUAAUAGCUGUAUUUGCUGUGUUGGCCAGUGUUUUAUUGAUCUCGGUAUGCACGUACACAUUUUUCAAGAUCGACAUCGUUCUUUGGUAUCGUGAUAUAAAUCUUGGAGACUAUCACGAAAAUGAUGACAAAAUAUAUGAUGCCUUUGUUAUUUAUCCAAAAAGCUCAAGUUCUUUGGACAAUACCAGUAUCUUUGUUACUGAAUUUUUGCCUCAAGUUCUGGAAAAUCAAUGUGGAUAUAAAGUGUUUAUACCUGGAAGAGAUGAUCUGCCUGGGGGAGCUUUUGUGGAAACAGUGGAAGAAAAUAUAAAAGCUAGCAGAAGAUUGAUCUUUGUGCUGACAAAGUCUUCUGGUAAACAAUUGGAAAAUACGUUUGAACAACAAAUUGGAUUACAUGAUGCAUUAAUCAGUAAUCGAAUAAAAGUUAUACUGAUCGAGUUGGAACAAUUAAAGAUUGCAGAGUUCACAGAAUCGAUGAGGCAUGUUAUUCGAAAAGAAGGAACCAUUAAAUGGAAGGAAACUGAAUGGAAAAAUAAAUCUCCAUCAUUAAACUCCAGGUUUUGGAAACGUGUGAGAUAUAACAUGCCACCAAGGUCCUCUCGAUUGCUGGAGGGUUCAUAAAUGGUGGAAAUUACAUUUUUGGGAGUUACUUUCUUACAAAGCCCAGAUACAUUAAAACCCAUAUGUGUCUACAAAACUUCUCCAGGUUUAUUGUACUGAAAAUGAAGUGGAUGACAAAACAUUUUUCAAAUUUUUUUCAGAAUGUUAUUAAAAUCAUGUGCAAUUUCUGGGGAAAAAUUGUUAACUGCCAGCUAAUUAGAGAUAGUCAUGCUUGGCUAUUCCAUGCUCUGAGGAAAUUACACUGUAUGAAGAUGAAGGGGAUGCAGCAGGUACCAUGUACUGUAACACCAUUUAAUUUGGCAUCUGCUUAUGUUCACGGAACUGACCUGACUCUUGCUUCGUGGACCUAUAUUUUUGUGCAGUCAUUAAGAAUUGUGCUGGACUAUCCCGUUAAAGGUAGCAUUUCAUUUUUUUUUCACAGCCUCUUUAAUUUUGCAUAAAGACUUCCAAGGGCAAAUCUAGCAAUGUGAAAUGGGCCACAAUAAAUACCAGUUACAUGGUAUAUGUAUUUCCAUUUGAUAAAGUGUCACAGAAGAGGCUUGUGUUCACACAUGGUUUUAAAGGCAAAGUAGUACUGCAACAACAAGAUUAUAUUUGUAUAGCACCUUUCAUGUC